UGACCUGUCCACUGAAGAGAUGCCAACGGAGGACAGUAAAUCUACUGACACAGAGGAGAGUCCAGAGGGAGAAAAAGUUGAAGAGGAGGAGACUGCAGUAGCUGAGAACUCCACCGAGGAACAAGGUGAUAACAACGAAGAUAUUACUAAAACCACAGAGGAACAAGGUGAUAACAAGGAAGAUAUUACUAAAACCACAGAGGAACAAGGUGAUAACAACGAAGAUGUUACUAAGAGGAUUACCACAGAGGAACAAGGUGAUAACAAGGAAGAUAUUACUAAAACCACAGAGGAACAAGGUGAUAACAACGAAGAUAUUACUAAAACCACAGAGGAACAAGGUGAUAACAACGAAGAUAUUACUAAAAUCACAGAGGAACACGCUGAUAACAAGGAAGAUGUUACUAAAACCACCGAGGAACAAGGUGAGAACAAGGAAGAUAUUACUAAGAGGAUUACCACCGAGGAACAAGGUGAUAAUAACGAAGAUAUUACUAAGAGGAUUACCACAGAGGAACAAGGUGAUAACAACGAAGAUAUUACUAAAACCACAGAGGAGGACUCAGACAGUGUGGUUGGUGAGAAGAGCCUGGAGACCAAGCUACAGGGAAGUCUGGAGAACCUGGUCCUGGAGAAAUGAAGGAUGGAGAGGGGAAGGGGAGAGAGAAGGAGUAGGAUGAGGCACCGGAUAAAGCUGAGGAGGUUGGAGAAGCAGGGGAUGACGGUCCAUCUUCAACAGAUGGAAAAUAGUAGAAAGAGAAAGUGGAUAGAGGAAGACGAGAUGAAUCGUACCAUGUGGAAAAGAAAGAUGAGGAGGAAGUAGACAAGGAACCUGGAACUGAGACAGAUUCUGAGACAGAGGAGGGAGGAAGUAGAUAAGGAACCUGGAACUGAGACAGAUUCUGAGACAGAGGAGGGAGGAAGUAGAUAAGGAACCUGGAACUGAGACAGGAUAGAGAUAGAUAGAGAGGUGAUCCUUCAGAGACAGGAGAAGAUAGAGAGGUGAUCCUUCAGAGACAGGAGAAGAUAGAGAGGUGAUCCUUCAGAGACAGGAGAAGAUAGAGAGGUGA